UUUCCAAGACCCACCCCCACGAGCUCGGGAUUGCUCAUACGGCUUCCACAAGUGUAAACACAAGUGAACCAAAUUGACAAAGUGACAUGGAUGCUUUCGAGGGAAUUCACAGCGUUCGGAUUUCAUCCUCUCCGCCACCCAUGACCUCCUCCGGUCGGGCCUACGAAGUCCUGAAGUCGGGCAGGUCGGGAAUAGCGGUGUAUUCCUCUGCGGUGUUCUUUGGGACGCCAUCCGAGGCUGAGAAGAAGGGCUGCGUGGUAGGAAGGUUGGUAGACCUGGAUCCCGAGCCAGAGCCCGGAUUGGAGGUAAUAGGCCAGGCUGGGCCCACAAUGGAAAUAGACCAGGGCGUCCAUUCCCGCCUGCGCAGCUCCUCGUUGCAAAUACGAGAGAAAGAAAUUCGUGAAAAGGGCUCGGAGAUCCUCAGUGAACAGUUAGACGCUGCAAAAAAGGAACUAAAACUAAAAGACAAGGAAUGCGAGCGUCUGUCACAGGUCAGGAAUCAGCUGGAACAAGAACUGGAGGAGCUCACUGCCAGUCUCUUUGAGGAGGCUCACAGGAUGGUGCGGGAGGCCAACGUCAAACAAGCAGGAGCGGAGAAACAACUGAAGGAGGCUCAGGGGAAGAUUGACGUCCUUCAAGCAGAAGUGACGGCGCUCAAAUCCCUGGUGUUAACCUCGACGCCGUCCGCUCCGAACCGGCAGCUGCAUCCCCAGCUGAAGCUCCCAGUCGGCGGACACACUCGCAACAAGAGCCUGAGCAGUGGUUCACUGUCCCCUCCUGGGAAACCAGAAUCUCCGUCACUUCCUGUUCAGCCAGUCAUCAAAGAGGACAGAGAGAUGGACUCAGUUUUGUACGCAGAGUUCCUCAUGUGGAAGGAGCAUCCGAGUCUCGAUCGCUCAUCCGCCCUCAUGAAUCGCAUCUACAGAGAAGACAUCGCCCCCUGCCUCUCGUUUACACGAUCCGAGCUGGCCCAGCUGGUGCAGAGCGCCGUGGAAAACAACUCUUUGACUAUCGAGCCCGUGGCUAUGUCAGCGUUACCAAUGGUUAAAGCCUCAGCCAUGGAAUGUGGAGGACCGAAUUACUAUAGGGCAGCAGUGGAGACAAAAUGCGCGCUGAGCGGCGUGUCGCGACUGUGCAGACAUCGCAUUAAACUCGGCGACAAGGGGAACUACUACUACAUUUCCCCCUCCAGCCGAGCACGGAUCACAGCCGUGUGUAACUUUUUUACGUAUAUCCGCUACAUCCAGCAAGGUCUCGUCAGGCAUCGUGCGGAGCAGAUGUUCUGGGAGGUGAUGCGUCUCCGGAAGGAAAUGAGUGUGGCCAAGCUGGGUUUUUACCUCACAGAGGAGAGUUAGACGACCUGGUUGACCAGCGUGACACGUGAGGACCAGGACACGUCAGGCUUACAAAGCGGUAACUUAGAAGAGGUCAACCAAGAAAACAGUUGUGCUACCACAAUAAGACAAUGAAAGGCAAAGUAGAUUUUAAGAUACCGUAUUUUACGGCUCAUAAGGCGCAUUAUUUUUGUGACGCAUUGUGUGUUAGUUUAUUGUAAUUGUUCCGUAUGUUUAGUUGAUUGAUUUAGCGCUGUUACGCUAGGCUAAGAUCAGACAUGAGACAUUGGGUAGCGCCACGUGUCUCGCUCGCUUUUGUUUGUCAUGCAACUACACGGGGGUUGCUUCGAGCAGAGGUGUGAUCCUCCGACAGACCAAAAACAAAAAA